GCUAUAUAUUUUAUCCUCAUUUUACUGGAUCAAUGCGACCAAUAUGCAGUUCAUAGCAUUUCUCUCUUUUUAUAAGCAAACCUCUGCAUUGUUUCUUUUAUAAACGAAACACUUUCCAUUUUAUUGUACUAAAACCUCUACGUUCUUUUAUACUGCACUGGAUUCUGAGGCAUUCAUAAUAUUCAUUGAAUUCAAGAAAAACCAUGUCCACUCUUGAUGCCCAUACGCCGGAAGUACAACACGCAGAGCCAACUGGGCCCACGGCCCCUCCGCCUCUGGUGAUUGGUGUGCAGACUAAGAGACCUGGUAUGACGUUUGAGACUGUCACCGGAAUCGUACGUCGAUGGAAGAGAGAGGAUUUCACGAAGAGUGGCUCGUUGACCUUGACAGGACUGGCUUUCCUGUUUUCUUUAUUGUCUUUUAUCGUUAUGGCCGCCAACAAUCGCGGUGACGGGAUGGACUUUAAUCGAUUUGAACCAUACAGAUAUGUGCUGGCAAUAGCGAUUAUGUCGACGGUGUACACCGGCGGGAAAGCGCUCCGACAGGCUCAAGAGCUUUUGACCGGAAAGCGUUUGUUUCAACAGCGUACCUCUGCCUUACUCGACUUCUUUGGAGAUCAGAUUAUGGCGUACCUGUUGAUAUCAGCGGCGUCUUCUGCUGUUCCCUUGUUAAAUCUUAUGAGAAAGGCAACAGACUACAUAUAUAGAGACUCUUCAACAGUAGCAUUUGUAGACACUUUAGCAGCAAGCAUCAGCAUGGCUUUCCUUGCAUUCUUCGCACUGGCGUUAUCAGCUAUGAUUUCAGGAUAUAAACUAUCUACUAAAUCUUAUAUUUGAGAUGUUUAUUUAUUUUUCGUUUUUCUUUCGAUGGCUAAUGUACUAUUGUUCAAGUUUGUUGUUUACGUACUCUAUAUAUAUGUUGUAUGCAAAUUAUGUUUUGAAGGGAGUUACGGAAUUCUGUUUUCCCCAGAAAUCUCAGUUCUUGCGUGGAAAACUGGGUGUUUUUCAGCUCUACGUGUUGUCCAUAGUAUUACACUGUUUCUCUGUUUUUUUCUUUUAUCUACGUGAAUCGUUUUUGUGUCUAUUUAA